GGUAAGUGUUUUCCAUGGCAGAAGUGUGCCUGUAAUUCAUUUCCAAGGCAACACAUUGAAAUCGUUUUGGCAUGGAAACCGCUAAGCCUUGGUGCAUCUGUUGACAGGACUGCUGCUCCAGGGCAAGAAAUGCCUUUUUUCUUUCCCCGAACACAUUUAGUCUGCGUUAAGAUAUUGAUGAAAUAGGGUUAGUAAGAAGGCCAGCUAACUGGAGGCUUGCUUAAUAUUUUUCAUCUCUAAAAUUGAAUGUAAAUCCCUGGAAUGAAAAUUUGGAUCCGAUGUUUUAUUCAAUUUUUCUUUUUUAACUGACUGUUGGAGCUGAUGGCACAUCCAGUGCGCCGAUCCCGAUUUUAACUGGACCUGUUAGCAAGAAUGAAGACACCUCCAAAGGUUUUUACAUAAUAUAUCUACAGAAAUUAGGAUCAAACCGUAGUUUUUUUUCCAGACGAUAUCUAAUAAUGAAAACAAAUGCACGGAUUUUGUAGGAAUGAAGACGAAUCCUUAUUUUUACACUUGAAAAAUCUGCAAGAAAACAAACGUCGAUAGGCUGUUGAUAACUCUUCGGCCCUGCUUUUCUAAAGAUUUAAUUUCACUGUCCACCAGGAUAACAUUUUCUUUGUACUUAAUGCUUGAACGCCGAGUUUAAACACCAUAACAGCAGACACGUGGGAAUCUCCAACACUCCUGUGAAGAACGAGGGAAUUUCCACUGCAGAGCUCUGAUGGUCUGCGGGGCAUUUAGGAUUUAAUCCUCAUCGUGAUACGAUGGAUAAGGUAGAGCAGAUCCUGUCAGAGUUCAGGCUGAAGAAGGAAGAGCUAAAAGAAGUCAUGAAGAGGAUGCAGCGUGAGAUGGACAGAGGACUGCGUUUAGAGACGCAUGAAGAGGCCAGUGUCAAGAUGCUUCCAACGUAUGUCUGCUCCACCCCUGAGGGAUCAGUGUGUAUUUUAACAGAGGUGGGAGAUUUCCUGGCUCUGGACCUGGGGGGGACGAACUUCCGUGUGAUGCUUGUGAAGGUGGGUGAAGAUGAGGAGAUGAGCUGGAAGGUGGAGACCAAGAACCAGAUGUACUCCAUUCCUGAAGAUGCCAUGACAGGCACUGCUGAAAUGCUAUUUGACUACAUAGCAGAGUGUAUGUCAGACUUUUUGGACAAACAUCAUAUCAAGCACAAGAAGCUUCCUCUGGGUUUUACCUUCUCCUUUCCUGUACGGCAUGAGGACAUUGACAAGGGUAUCCUUCUUAACUGGACCAAAGGCUUCAAGGCUUCCGGGGCAGAAGGGAACAACGUUGUGGGUUUACUCAGAGACGCUAUCAAGAGACGAGGGGACUUUGAGAUGGAUGUGGUUGCCAUGGUGAACGACACGGUAGCCACCAUGAUAUCCUGCUAUUACGAGGAUCGCAGCUGCGAAGUUGGGAUGAUUGUUGGCACUGGUUGUAAUGCGUGUUACAUGGAGGAGAUGAGGACUGUGGAGCUGGUCGAAGGGGAGGAGGGCCGGAUGUGUGUAAACACAGAGUGGGGGGCGUUCGGAAACAACGGGGAGCUGGAGGAGUUCAGACUGGAGUACGACAGAGUGGUGGACGAGACCUCGAUUAACCCUGGACAGCAGCUAUAUGAGAAGCUGAUCAGCGGGAAGUAUAUGGGUGAGCUGGUCAGGCUUGUUCUGAUUAAGCUGGUGAAUGAAGACCUGCUGUUCAAUGGUGAAGCCUCAGAGCUGCUGAAGACACGUGGCAGCUUUGAGACGCGCUAUGUCUCACAGAUGGAGAGUGACACUGGGGACAGAAAACAAAUCUACAACAUCCUGUCCUCGCUGGGUGUUCUGCCGUCAGAGCUGGACUGUGACAUUGUGCGUCUGGUCUGUGAGAGUGUUUCCACUCGCUCUUCUCAUAUGUGCGGCGCAGGGCUCGCUGCUGUGAUCAACCGGAUGCGGGAGCGACGCAGCCAGGAAGCCCUGAAGAUCACAGUGGGGGUUGACGGUUCUGUCUAUAAAAUGCACCCCUGUUUCCGUGACAGGUUCCACCAAAUUGUCAGUGACCUCACGCCUCACUGUGACAUCACCUUCAUCCAGUCGGAGGAGGGCAGCGGCCGUGGAGCCGCCCUUAUCUCAGCAGUGGCCUGUAAGAUGGCUGCAUGCAUGCUGACACAGUAA